GUUCUUAGGAGCGUCAAUCGUAAAUGUUUUUCCGUAAAAGUAUUGGUAGAAAUUAAAACUGAGCUUGUAUCUUAAAGAAAAACACCGUGCUUAAUGGGUGGCUGCCUACAACGACAGUUUUCAUGUGUUUUUAAGUGCAAUUCAAUAAUUUUCCUCGAAGUUGUGUUCAAAAUUUAUUAUUGCCGUUGCUUUCGUUUGGAUAUAUAAGAUAGUUAUCAUAAAUUUUAAACACUACCAGUUCAAUUCGUAGAUAUUUUGACCGUCCUCAUUACAUUCGUGCUAAUGGAUGAUUCUGUGAUUUCCCAAGGGAAUAAAAUAGAUAACUCUGCAUCGGAGAGCGAUUCCAGUUCUCUCGAUGGCGGGGCGAUGUUACCUCCUACCACGGUUUCUCGUGAUCAGUUACAAAAAAGAAUUGAAUCUCUUCAACAGCAAAACAGGGUCUUAAAAGUAGAGCUGGACACAUAUAAGCUCAGAGUGAAGGCCCUGCAGGAAGAAAAUCGCGCACUGAGACAAGCUUCUGUAUCAAUACAAGCUAAGGCUGAACAAGAGGAAGAAUACAUUUCCAACACACUAUUGAAAAAAAUUCAAGCCUUGAAGAAGGAAAAGGAAACAUUAGCACAUCAUUAUGAAAGGGAAGAAGAGUGUCUCACAAAUGAUCUGUCCAGAAAAUUAAUUCAGUUACGUCAGGAAAAAUGUCGCCUCGAGCAGACGCUGGAGCAAGAGCAGGAAUGCUUAGUGAACAAACUCAUGCGGAAGAUUGAGAAGCUUGAGGCUGAGACUCUUGCUAAACAGACUAAUCUGGAAAGACUCCGCAGGGAAAAGGUGGAAUUGGAAAACACAUUGGAGCAAGAGCAGGAAGCGCUCGUGAACAGGCUGUGGAAACGCAUGGACAAACUAGAGGCUGAGAAACGUUCCCUGCAGAUCCGCCUCGACCAGCCAGUCUCCGAUCCUGCUAGUCCAAGAGACAUUAGCAACGGUGAUACUGCGUCGAAUCUUAGCAAUCAUAUUCAAACAUUACGCUCGGAGGUUGUCAAAUUAAGGAAUCAAUUAGCCGUGUCUCAAAAUGAAAACAAAGAGAAGAUGCAUCGUUUUGCCUUAGAGGAGAAACACAUUCGAGAGGAAAACGUUCGCCUACAACGAAAACUUCAGCAAGAGGUUGAGCGCCGCGAAGCGCUAUGCCGGCAUCUUUCUGAGAGCGAAUCUUCAUUGGAAAUGGAGGAGGAGCGGCAAUUUAACGAAGCGUUAAGUGCCCGGUCCCGCAGCGUGUCGUCCCCGGGCGGGUCGCGGCCGCUGUCGCCGUACGCCUCGCCGCUGCUGCCCGGCGCCGGACACAGGCCCGCGAUGCAUUUCAACUCGCAGCCGCGCCGGCCCAACGAGCGCUUCGUGAAGCCGGCGCCGCCGUCGCUGGGGCUGCCGCGCCUGGAGCCCCUGCCGCCCCCCGCGCCGCCCGCCCCCGCCCCCGCCCCCGCGCACGCCAUCGCCGUCGCGCUCGCCGAGCCCGCCCUGCAGCCGGCCAGCCCCAUGGACACCUCGUCGAAAGACUAGCCGACAUAAUGUAGAAGGCCGGUGCGUGGUUUUGUAAUCGAUUUUCGACCUUAUUUUAUCCAGUGCGGACUUUAAAAUCGCGAUUUCUUAAAGCGUUCUGAAACAUUAUGGUCUUAACCCCUUGUAAUAAAAAAUAUUUGUUUAAAUUUGAACUUUAAUAACUAUCAAUAGAGUUGAAUAUCAUAUUCGCCGUUUAUAGCAUUGUGUGCGGUGAAGGGUUAAUGAUGCUCCGUUCGUAUAAUGUUGAGGCCGCUUAACGGUCCUUCCCCGAUGUACCGAUGCAAACGAACAAACAUAUGUUGCCAUAUAAUUCUCAAAAAGCAUUUUUUUUUAAAUAAAAAUCACUGAUAUCUUCAUUAUUCCAUUCCAACAUACGCUUAACAUUCUCUUUCACCAUUUCAAAAAAUAAGGAUAACACCAUAAUAACAUUUCAACCUUGGCAUUAUACAUCUCCAGCAUCGCGCAACCUAACGCACUUUAAAAUAAGGUCGAAAAUCAGACAAUGAAACCAAUUAAUAUCGGUUUUCGUCGUCGACGACGAAAGCACGUCCUUUAAGCACGUAAGUGUACAACACGAUCGCUGUCGAUUGGCGAAGAUAUCGAAACUGAUGAUUCGGUCGGUCCGCGGUUCUACCGUUGUACUACAAAUUUCGAAAUGCACACGUACCUAAUGGCGCAAUUAAAGUUCCAUCGUUUAGACUGUAAACCUUAUACAGUAGAACCUCGAUUAUCCGAACUAAGUAAGUAAUUGGGACCGAGACUAGUUCGGAUAAUAAAAAUGUGGGUUUUUUUAAGACGAGAUUAAUCAAAAACAAUUACAUAUAUACAUAUUAACGUAAGUGGUCUAACAACAUUCGAUGUAACAAAACGCGUUUCAACACGCUCGAUACCUACCUAUGCAGCAACAAAUUCAGGCCAACGUUCGGAUAAACUAAGUCGGUGUUUGGAUAACUAAGGGUUCUGAUAAUCGAGGUUCUACUGUAACGAAGUCACAUGGCCCACCAAUGAUCAGGUAAGAGUGUUGCUAUUAGUAUUCUUACAGGUUGGUACCAGAUUUGAUACCAGUACUCUUUGUCAGCUGACCGGUUACUUUAGGCCAGACAGGAUGGAUACUGUAAUUUAAGCUUUGUGUGUAUUCCAAUACUGAGUUCUCGACUGAUAGACGAUGUGAAACACGUUUGUCUUGCAUUUACAUACUCGUUAAAAAGUUAUGAUGGACCAAUUGGUAUACCAUCUAACUCUAUGGUCUCUUUGUGCGCAAGAGAUGUAUAUAAUUGAGUUUUAUCAAUGCGGCAAAAAAAACAUGGUAUAAUGCUCUAUAGUUUGUGUAAAGAUUUUGGUGUCUCAUUUUUCUAAGAGACGAAUGGCAGUCAUGGUGGUGUAUAUUUCGAAAUUUGUAUAAAAACUGUAAACAUGCAAAUAGAUAUUGUAGUUAGGUGGACGUCUCCGGCAGCUUUGUUCGUAAGGUUGCUUCCGCACACAUUCAGCGUCCGUUCCAGUGAAACUGGAUUUAUUUGUAGUCCAGUCUUCGUGUGCAGUGGAUUUUGGUAAUAAUUCCUCCAUGAAAAAUAUAUAAAGUUGAGGAAUGUCCAACAAUCCAAUCGUUUAAUCUGUAGAAAGAAAUAUGGAAGAAUUAUUAUUAAAAUUGACUCAGUGAUUUUCUAUUGUUAAAGUUUCCUCGCACGGCUUGUAUAUUCGAGAUUGAAAUUAAUAUGUUCUGGUUUUUUUUAUGUUAUAAGAUAAUAUUUAAUCUUUAAAUAGUCGAUUAGAUUAGAUUAAAACGAGAUGUUAUAAAAUUAUGAA